CCAACUCGUGUCCUCUGUUUUGUAGUACCAAACUUUGCUUCCCUCUUUUAUUCUUCAGAUUCUUACCAUCCAUCCACCAAACUCUUUCUUUGAUUCCUUGAACUACUUUUCCCCAUAUCAUCGGGGGAAAAAAGCUUUUGAUCCUUUCCUCUGGAAGUAAUGGUGGGUGCUCUGUUUGUUGUUGGCUCAUCAGUGAUGGAUUCUCCGAGCACUCCAUGUUUAUGUCUAAAUUCUCACACAAGAAGCUCUCCGAACAAGAAGAAGAUCCAUGUCACUACAAGAAAGCUAGAGUUAGGAAGCUCAUUCACUGGCUCAACCAUUGUUUUCAGGCUUUCUUCAAAACGUGUUCCAAGAAUUGCGAGUAGGAGGAGCAAGAAGAAGUUCUUGAUUGUGAAUGAGGACGUUGCUGGGAACUACGAUGAUACCUUCGGAGAUGUCAAAACGCAACUUAUUAAUUAUUUCACAUACAAAGCUGUGAGGACGGUUCUUCAUCAGUUAUAUGAAAUGAAUCCUCCCCAAUACACUUGGUUCUAUAAUUACGUAGUAUCAAACAGACCAACUGAUGGUAAACGUUUCCUACGCAAACUCGGGAAGGAGAGUCAAGAGCUUGCAGAAAGAGUUAUGAUCACUCGUCUUCACUUAUAUGGCAAGUGGAUCAAGAAAUGUGACCAUGGGAAGAUAUACCAAGAUAUAUCAGAUGAGAACUUGGCGUUGAUGCGUGAACGACUAAUGGAGACGGUGAUAUGGCCUUCUGAUGACUCAAACUCAGAGGUUAUUGGCUGAAGAAAGAUAUGUCACAUCAUCUCCUUUGUGAAUUCGCUUCUUUUUAGGACUUGAUCAGCUUUCCUUUUAGUUUGAUUACUUAAAAAAUAGAGCAAUGUUCAUAUUCUUGACAUGCAAACUAUAUAACAUGAUCAAGAUCCAAGUCUUUCAACUCCUAUCUAUAUAUUGAUUAAGAUUUAAAAAAAAAACAGAAAGUGAAAAUUUCUAG